GAAAAGCUGUCAUGGCUGUCAUCCACGAAAUGACCAACUCAAUUCUGAAUUCCACAAUGUGAUUUACCACCAAUUUUAACCAAUAGUAUCCACAAGACCAAUAGUUUUACAUCCAUAAGACCAUAAUGCCGAUGAACGUUUAAAAGCAAUGACUACACCGGUUCAACCAGCGCCUGUAACGGGUCGAGUGAAGAAUCCUUGCAGAAUCUGUGACCUGUCCGUUGCUGACAAAGGCGGGGUGCAGUGUAAGGGGGCUUGUGGCAGAUGGGCCCACUACAAAUGCCUGGGCUUCACCCCCCAAAUGAUCUUAGACGCACGCGAUGGUAAAUUCGAAAUAAUUUGUCCAUGCCCACAUUGUAAUCUGAAAAAGUUGGACGAAGAGUUGCAUAAGGAGUGGCAAUGUAUACAAGUGGACGGAUCUUGUCCGAAGGAAAGAAUUGAUAAGCCGAGGGUGCUAAAGCCAUCUGCGUGCGUUGCGGAAAUACAGGAAUGCAACAAAGCCACGUGCGAUCCGCCAUGUAGCGCUGCUAUCACAAAAAAAUCAGUUACACCAAGACCUGCAACUGCUGUAAAACCAACAGUUGCGACGAAACCGCCAACUCCUACAAAGUCAGCUGCAACUCCUACAACAGUAGUUGCUCGAGCCGGAAAUGACUCUACAACAGCAUCUGUGAAGAGCACUGCCGUCUCACCAGCAGGAUCCCCACACUCGUUACCCGUCGCUGACAACCCUAACUCCGGCAGCUCUGGCCCCGUUAGCCCAGUCUCCAAAAGCCCUGUUUCUGAUAGCCCCGUUCCUAAUAUUCCAGUCGCCAAAACUCCUAUAAAAAAAGUCGCCGUCCCCAAAGUCGCUAUCUCCGAUAGCCCUAAAUCCGGCAGCCCUGUCCCCAAAAAGCCUGUUCCGCAAGUUCCCCACAAAAUCGAAGCACAAACCUCGUAUACCUUCCCUUGCACAGCAAAAGGAGGCAUCGUCCCUUGUGGACAAAGUCCCCCAUGUGCUGGCCCAACACCUUGUGGUCCAAAUUACCCAUGCGCAAUCAUCGAAGCUGAGAAACAUAAAAAAGUACUCUACAAACAUGUAAAACAUAGAUUUAAAAAUCCAUACGAAUGCAUACCGCCAAUACUUGACAAAACGCCAUCUGAUAUGUCACUAACAAAUCAAAACCUAAUUUGUGAUUCCGAUGUUUGCCGUGACUUGGACUGUGGCCCAGAUGCGAUGUGUAACACUGAUGCAUUUACAUAUGAGGGAAACCGCCUACUAAAAUGUGUCCGUGAUCCAAUUUGCACGAAGAAUCCUAAACCAGUGCCAAUGGCGGGCAACCCUCACACCAGAAACACUAUUCCUAAAGAGAGAAAAUUUGAGAAGAGUCCCAAACCUGCGGAUAUAAAUCUAGGCUCGCAACAAGCACCGUGCAGAAAUUGCAAAUGUUGCACAGCUUCAGGUCCGAUGUUGGACCAGUUCAAGUGCGUGUCAACUUGGUGCCCAACAAAAUACCCCAGGACGUUGAAAUCGGCGACCACCUGCACAGAGGACAAGUCAAAAUCUUGCACAUGUAUGAAAGUGAACAGAUUGGCGACAGAUAUCAUAACGACAACAGAACUAGCAAACACUCACAGCCGAUUGAUCCCAAGUGUAUCAGACUCGAUGGUGUUGAAGACAGGUCAAUCGACCCUUAUGUGUGCCAUCGACCAGCUGUGCGCCACGGUUGGCCAGCUUACUGGUCAGAUUCAAAUGCUACUGGUACGGAAGCCGAAAUAGACUCAAAUGGAUCAAGAUUUUAUAACUGAUAUUGUACAGGCAUUUUACUAAAGACAUCAUUAAAUGAAAUCAUGUAACAAUAAAUUUGAA